AUGUCGAGCCCACUGUACAGCAGUUUACUUUCUAAGAAGACAGGCCAGUUUUCUUCGUCAUUCAGUCCAGUAAGGAUGGCGAGUGGAGAGGGAUCUGGAACAGAACAGAAUGAUAAGGAGAUUCUUCUUUAUCUACACAACCAUUCAUUUUACUCUCAGAAGCUGCUGUUUGUAUUAAAUGAGCGAGGUAUUAAAUUCAAGACACAGUUUAUCAACAUUGCUGCAGGAGAACAAUACAAACCAUAUUUCUUGGAUAUCAAUCCCAGGGGAGAAGUUCCAGUGAUCAAGGAUGGGGAAAACAUUGUUGCUGAUUCGGCUAAAAUAAUUUUCUACCUCGAAGAACAAUAUAAGGACCACAAGACGCUGAUACCUACAGCUGAAGGAGCAGAAAUAAUUGAAAGACACAACCAUUUCCAUACGGUGAUCAACGAUCUUCCAGCUGAUGUUAUCACAAUUGGCUCAUUUUACUAUCCAGAUUUAGUGAGAGACCCUAAGUUGCCAUUCAUCCUUCCUGUCAGAAAACACAUGAGAAACGUCACAGAAAAGCUACCCGCCAAGUUGAAGGACAUCGCUAGCAAAGAGGAGAAGUAUGCGGAAGUCUUCAACGAGAAGGCGGCCAAGAUCGAACAUGAGUUGGAAAUAAUGAAGAACAAGGAAGAAUACAUCAAGGUACUCGAUUCCGUCGAUACCGUUCUGCAAGAGGUUGAAGAACAGCUUGCUAAAAAUGAAGGUUAGUUAUUCUUAUUUAUCAAUUAAUGGGCAUUUUACACUUCAUAGAAAACUAUGUAAUAGAAUAAUUCACUGCUCUUCAUUAAAUAGACAACGGAAAAUUUGGAAACAAAGAGACUAAUCCAUGUAAAUUUAAAUAUAUUCUUGAUAUAUUAUAUAAAUAAAAAUAUACUCUUUAGAUGAAUAAUCUUGUUAUACUAUCUUUGGAAGGAUAACUUUUUAAU